AACAGUUAUGGGUAUUUCUCGUGACUCUCGCCACAAGCGCCGCCACACGGGUGGAAAGCGGCCCUCAUACCGUAAGAAGCGAAAGUUUGAGAUGGGUCGCCCGGCGGCAAUGACGAAAUUGGUGCUGGGACAUGGGGAGAAGCGCGUACAUGUUGUGAGAGGACGGGGCGGGAAUCUUAAGUUCCGUGCGCUCCGCCUGGAAACGGGCAACUUUGCCUGGCGCUCUGAGACGGUGGCGAGGAAGACACGUAUUUUGGACGUGGUCUACAACGCCUCGAACAACGAAUUGGUCCGCACCAAGACCCUGGUGAAAAGUGCCAUCGUGCAAAUCGAUGCCGCGCCUUUCCGACAAUACUUUGAGCAGCACUACGGUCAGGAGGUGGGCAGUAAGAAAAAGAAGGCGGCGGCCGCAACAGCAAAAUCGGAGGCGGAGCCCGAGAAGAAGUCCAGCCAUGUGCUUCGCAAGCUUGCCAAGCGCAAAGGAGAGUUAGAGUCGCACUUGGAGGAGCAAUUUGCGUCGGGCCGCUUGCUCGCUUCUAUUUCUUCUCGUCCGGGUCAGAGUGGGCGCGCGGAUGGU